AUGGAAAACAGUCCUAUUUUACAUUUGGAAUUCAAAAACCGUUGGGGAUGCUCUUACCUUCCUAUGAACAACACCGAAGCAAAUAACAACACUCCCAAAAACGUACCUGGUUGCAGACGUGGUUUUGGAAACAGACGGCACAACACCAUUCCUGUCAACAACAGCAAUUACCAAGAUGAGAACAACAAUAUUGAUGUCGAAUAUGACAAUCGCCCAUCACGUCCUUACAACUAUGCGAACACCGACGCAAUCAUGGCUUUUUUAGCAAAUGUCACGCAUCUCAGUAUGCACCGUAAGUGGAAAAACAUUGAAACCAGAUUCACCAGAGCCAGAAAGGCAACAAGAGAAACAGAAGUUGGUGUAACAGUCCCGAAUGUACGAUACUAUAAAGAAAUUGCCAAUAUCACUCAGGAUGAUUCUAGCAUCCAACCUGAGGUAAUUUACCAACGCGUCCACAUAGAGAAGAAUGGCAUUCAAUCAUAUAGAAUAACAAACGACGUCCAUUUAAUGGAUGCCAUUGGAUCUGAUGGUCCUGAAACUACGUACUUGACACCUACAGAUGUCGAUCGAAUUGAUAUUCAGAACCAUAUUCAACAACAGCACCUUCACCACCAUCAACACCUAUAUCCGCACUACCAUCUCCACCUACAUCCGCAUCACAACCAACAUCAAUACCAGCAACCCAACACCAACACCAACACCACCACCAACACCAACAUCAGUAUCCGUAGUACCACCAUCAUGGACAGGCGCUACAUCUCCACCUCCAUAUACAUCCGCAACACCUCAACCUACAUAUUUAUCUACACCACAUCCACCUCAACAAACAUCCGCACCACCACCACCACCACCUACAUCCUCACCAUUCUACCUCCACCUCUUCCAACAUCCGCACCGACUCCACUAAGAGUAACCCGCACAUCAAAAAAUAAUCGAAAGUCUGGUGAGCAGUCUUUGUCAACAAUUGAUCCUAUCGAUGCUGCUCGUCAGUUGUCAGAGAAGCAUAUGGCACAUGCUCGCGAACUCCGUGUAGAGAUAAAGGAUCGAAUGACGGCCGUACAACGGGAAGAAAAAGAGCAAAGAAUUCGUGACCUUGAUAAUAUCUUGGAAAGGGUCAGUCGUAAUCGACAAACUGCAUUGGAACAUAUACGAGAGGCAGAUUUGGAAGAGGAUAGACGUAAACGUAUGUCAGAUAUGGAGACUAUCAUGAAUAGAUUUGCAGCCAUUCGAAGAGGCCACAUAAACCUUUUAAAACAAAGCAAGUGUUGCCGUAUUUGGGUAUGA